GGCAGCCUUAAGAGGGAGGUGAUAAAUUGACCAAGGGCCGAGACUGGGUAACUUGUAACAUGUUAUGCGACGAUUGCUGAUUGAUAUUACGUACAGUAGCUUGUGAUCGUUGCAGGGUAGUUUUGAGUCUGGGGCAUGCAAGACACUAAAAAAGCAAUGCCUACCUAAUAUUUCCUUCUAGAAUAAUAAUAAGCGGCGCAGGAGAAACCCAGUCGAAACGCAAAAAAUGUCAGCUCAACUGUAACUAAUCAACCUUGAUGAGGAAUCACCAAAUUGCGCAACAUCACGUGAUGUGUUUCCCAUUUCAAAGCGGCUCUUUGCGAUUCUCUCAAGAUCCAUGAGAAAGCGGAGGCAAAGAGCAAAAAACAACGAUAUAAAAACACAUCGCAGCCUCAACAAACCACAAGAUUACUCACUUCAACUGCCGAAACUAAAUCGAGUUCUCAUCUCACCGCAUCUUGAAUUCACUGCCGAUCUCUGCAGAUCAAUACCAAGCAAAAAGACACAAAAAAGUACUCACACAAAAAUGGUGCAUCACAUCACUUCAAACGAUGAGCUUCAAAAGCUGCUCUCGUCAACAACAUACGUCGCCGUCGACUUCUUCGCAGACUGGUGUCCCCCCUGCAAAGCCAUCGCCCCCGUCUACGAGCAACUCGCCACCAAGCACAGCGUCGACAACGUCCUCGCUUUCGCAAAAGUCAACGUAGACCACGUCCAAGACGCCGCGCGCCAGUACGGCAUAACAGCCAUGCCUACCUUUUUAUUCUUCAAGGAGGGCAAGCAAGUCGCUGUCAACGGGCAGGUUGAGAUCAAGGGCGCUGACCCGAGGAGUCUGGGGGCUGCUGCUGAGAAGCUGGGGGGACUAGCGCAGAAGAGGGUUUCUGGAGCGUAAACGGAGAAAAGGUUCGGGGAUUUUACUCCUGGGGAUCGGCCCGUGGAGUUUGGAAUUGUUCUUUUGCUCUUUGACUUUAGCGUGUUGGCACUGGAAUGCGGAUAUUGUGGAGGGUGAUGCUUUGAGUAUGGUUAGCGACGGGAUAAGGGAAUAACAGACAUGUCUGUUUCCGGAUAUGAUGAAACGCGACUACAGGUAUAGCGUCAUUUGAGGUCUUUCUGACUCGAUGACUUUGAGAACAAUUGAUAGAGGAAUGCUACGAAUCAAUGUAUGACGAUGAAUUGUUAUUCGUUGGUUACUAAUGCUUCAAGUUGCAUCGUGAUAUUGCGAUCGUCAUGUUA